GAGUGCAGUGGCGGGAUCUCAGCUUACUGCAAGCUCCACCUCCCAGAUUCACGCCAUUCUCCUCCCUCAGCCUGUCCAGUAGCUGGGACUACAGUCACCCACCACCAUGCCUGGCUAAUUUUUUGUAUUUUUAGUAGAGACGGGGUUUAUAGUUUUCUUUCUUUUAUUCUACAUUCAUUCCAGUUUGGUCAUUAAAAGAAAUCUGUAAAAUUUGAAUUUUAAAAACUUCUGUUAAGACUUUUUUUGUGCCCUAAUAUGUAGUUUAUCAAGGAGAAUAUUGUAUGAGCUAUUCAGGAAGGUGUGUAUUCUCGUUGAGCAGUGUUCUUUACAAUUCUGUUAGGCAUAAUUGUUUAAUACUGCUUUCAAGUCUCCUGUUUCCUUAUGAAUAUUUUAUCUUGUUUCAUUAUUCUUUACAGAAAUUGGGGUAUUUAAAUAUCCUAGUAUAAUUAUAUUGCUUUUUUUGUCUUGCUUUAAUUCUGUCAGUAUUGGCUUUGUAUAUUUGGAACUCAAUGUGGGACACACACAGACAGACACAUUAACAUAUGUAUACACACAUUUGUCGUGAGUUCCCAGUAAAGGAACGUUAUUAUUAUUGUUUAAUGGCCUUUCUUAUGAACUUUUAGUUAAAGUAUAUUUUAUGAAAUAGGACAGUUUUGACUUAAGAUGUACUUUGUAUUAUAUAAUUUGGUUAUUUGCAUCAAAUGUCUUCUUUCCUUUUUCAGUCUUUUUUAAUUAUUACAUCUGAAGUGACUCCUGUAGAAAAGCAAGCUGGAUCAUGUUAAUUUUUGCAAUCAAUCCCUUCAUUUGGUGCAUGUAUUUCAAAUGGAAACUUCAUAAAUAUUUGAAUAAUUUGCUGAAAUAGACUUACACAUUUUAUUGAUUUUUUUGCUGGAUUAUUUCAUUUUUGCCCCUUAUUUUCUUUUUCUGUCUUCCUUAGUGUCUUUUUGAUUUUUGUACUGAUACACCUUUACUUCUUAUUUUUUGGCGUAUCUAUAGAGAUACUUUUUUCUGGUAUCUUGGGAAGUACAUAAAAUUUCUUAAAAUAAUAUAUUUUUUGUUUUAUUUUAUUUAUUUAUUUUGAGACGGAGUCUUGCUUAGUCACCCAGGAUGGAGUGCAGUGGCAUGAUCUCGGCUCACUGCAAGCUCUGCCUCCUGGGUUCAUGCCAUUCUCCUUCCUCAGCCUCCCCAGUAGCUGGGAGUACGGUGCCUGCCACCACACCUGGCUAGAUCUUUUUGUAUUUUUAGUAGAGACGGGGUUUAUCCAUGUUAGCUAGGAUGGUCUCAAUCUCCUGACCUUGUGAUCCACCCGCCUCGGCCUCCCAAAGUGCUGGGAUUACAGGUGUGAGCCACCGUGCCCUGCAAAAUAAUAUAUUUUAAACUGGUAAAAACGAGUUGCAUUUGAAAAAUUCUUCCUCAGCCAGGCGCAGUGACUCACGUGUGUAAUCCCAGCAAUUUGGGAGGCUGAGGCAGGCGGAUUACGAAAAAAGAUCGAGACCAUCCUGGUCAACAUGUUGAAACCCCAUCUUCACCAGAAAUGCAAAAAUUUGCUGGGCGUGGUGGCGCGCCUGUAGUCCCAGCUACUUGGGAGGCUGAGGCAGGAGAAUUGCUUGAACCCAGGAGGGGAGGUUGCAGUGAGCCAAGAUUGCGCUGCUGCACUCCAGCCUGGCAACAGAGUGAGACUCUGUCUUAAAAAAAAAAAAAAAAAGAAAAUUCGAGGUUGAGUGUGGUGGCUCACGCCUGCAAUCCCAGCACUUUUGGAGGCUGAGGCAGGCAGAUAAUGAGGUCAGGAGUUCGAGACCAGCCUGGCCAGUAUGAUGAAACCCCGUCUCUAUUAAAAAUACAAAAAGUAGAAGAGCAUGGUGGUGUGUACCUGUAGUUCUAGCUACUCAGGAGGCUGAGGCAGAAGAAUUGCUUGAACUGGGCAGGCAGAGGUUGCAGUGAGCCAAGAUAGUGCCACUGCACUCCAGUCUGGGUGACAGAGUGAGACUCUGUCUCAAAAAAAAAAAAAAAAGAAAACUUCCUUAUUACAUCUGUCCUCGUUUGUUAUUGAUCUAUGUGUUCUCAUUUCACCCAAGACUUUUUGCCAGUGCAGGGGAUAGAAGAUUCAUUCCACAAACUUAUACUGAGAAGAUAUGAGAAAUGUGGGCAUGAUAAUUUACAAUUAAGGAAAGGCUGUAAAAGUAUGAAUGUGUGUAAAGUGCAGAAAGGAGUUUAUAAUGGAAUUAAUCAAUGCUUGUCAAAUACUCAGAGCAAAAUAUUUCAAUGUAAUGCACGUGUCAAAGUUUUUAGUAAAUUUGCAAAUUCAAACAAAGAUAAGACAAGACGUACUGGAGAGAAACACUUUAAAUGUAACGAAUGUGGCAAGUCAUUUCAGAAGUUCUCAGACCUAACUCAACAUAAAGGAAUUCAUGCUAGAGAGAAACCCUACACUUGUGAAGAACGUGGCAAAGACUUUGGAUGGUACACAGACCUGCAUCAACACAAGAAAAUUCAUACUGGAGAGAAACCUUACAAAUGUGAAGAAUGUGGCAAAACCUUUAAUAGGUCAACAAACCUUACUGCACAUAAGAGAAUUCACAACAGAGAGAAAGCCUACACAGGUGAAGAUCGUGACAGAGCCUUUGGAUGGUCCACAAACCUGAAUGAAUAUAAGAAAAUUCAUACUGGAGAUAAACCCUACAAAUGUAAAGAAUGUGGGAAAGCCUUUAUACAUUCCUCACACCUGAAUAAACAUGAGAAAAUUCAUACUGGAGAGAAACCCUACAAAUGUAAGGAAUGUGGCAAAGUCAUUUCCUCAUCCUCAAGCUUUGCUAAACAUAAGAGGAUUCAUACUGGCGAGAAACCCUUUAAAUGUUUAGAAUGUGGUAAAGCCUUUAAUAUUUCCACAACCCUUACUAAACAUAGGAGAAUUCAUACUGGAGAGAAACCCUACACAUGUGAAGUAUGUGGCAAAGCCUUUAGACAGUCCGCAAACCUUUAUGUACAUAGGAGAAUUCAUACUGGAGAGAAACCCUACACAUGUGAAGAAUGUGGCAAAACCUUUAGACAGUCCGCAAACCUUUACGUACAUAGGAGAAUUCAUACUGGAGAGAAACCUUACAAAUGUGAAGACUGUGGCAAAGCCUUUGGACGGUACACAGCCCUGAAUCAACACAAGAAAAUUCAUACUGGAGAGAAACCUUACAAAUGUGAAGAGUGUGGCAAAGCCUUUAAUAGUUCAACAAACCUUACUGCACAUAAGAGAAUUCACACCAGAGAGAAACCCUACACAUGUGAAGAUCGUGGCAGAGCCUUUGGAUUGUCCACAAACCUGAAUGAAUAUAAGAAAAUUCAUACUGGAGAUAAACCCUACAAAUGUAAAGAAUGUGGGAAAGCCUUUAUACAUUCCUUGCACCUGAAUAAACAUGAGAAAAUUCAUACUGGAAAGAAACCCUACAAAUGUAAGCAAUGUGGCAAAGUCAUUACCUCAUCCUCAAGCUUUGCUAAACAUAAGAGGAUUCAUACUGGCGAGAAACCCUUUGAAUGUUUAGAAUGUGGUAAAGCGUUUACUAGUUCCACAACCCUUACUAAACAUAGGAGAAUUCAUACUGGAGAGAAACCCUACACAUGUGAAGUAUGUGGCAAAGCCUUUAGACAGUCCGCAAUCCUUUAUGUACAUAGGAGAAUUCAUACUGGAGAGAAACCCUACACAUGUGAAGAAUGUGGCAAAACCUUUAGACAGUCUGCAAACCUUUAUGUACAUAGGAGAAUUCAUACUGGAGAGAAACCUUACAAAUGUGAAGAGUGUGGCAAAGCCUUUGGACGGUACACAGACCUGAAUCAACACAAGAAAAUUCAUACUGGAGAGAAACCUUACAAAUGUGAAGAGUGUGGCAAAGACUUUGUAUGGUACACGGACCUGAGUCAACAGAAGAAAAUUUACACUGGGGAGAAACCUUACAAAUGUGAAGAGUGUGGCAAAGACUUUGUAUGGUACACGGACCUGAGUCAACAGAAGAAAAUUUACACUGGGGAGAAACCUUACAAAUGUGAAGAGUGUGGCAAAGCCUUUGCCCCAUCAACAGACCUGAAUCAACACACGAAAAUUCUUACUGGAGAGAAAAGUUACAAAUGUGAAGAGUGUGGCAAAGCCUUUGGAUGGUCCAUAGCCCUGAAUCAACACAAGAAAAUUCAUACUGGAGAGAAACCUUACAAAUGUGAAGAGUGUGGCAAAGCCUUUAGUAGGUCAAGAAACCUUACUACACAUAGGAGAGUUCACACUAGGGAGAAACCCUACAAAUGUGAAGAUCGUGGCGGAGCCUUUGGAUGGUCCACAAACCUGAAUGAAUAUAAGAAAAUUCAUACUGGAGAUAAACUCUACAAAUGUAAAGAAUGUGGGAAAGUGUUUAAACAAUCCUCACACCUGAAUAGACAUGAGAAAAUUCAUACUGGAAAGAAACCCUACAAAUGUAAGGAAUGUGGCAAAGUCAUUACCUCAUCCUCAAGCUUUGCUAAACAUAAGAGGAUUCAUACUGGCGAGAAACCCUUUAAAUGUUUAGAAUGUGGUAAAGCGUUUACUAGUUCCACAACCCUUACUAAACAUAAGAGAAUUCAUACUGGAGAGAAACCCUACACGUGUGAAGAAUGUGGCAAAGCCUUUAGACAGUCCGCAAUCCUUUAUGUACAUAGGAGAAUUCAUACUGGAGAGAAACCCUACACAUGUGGAGAAUGUGGCAAAACCUUUAGACAGUCUGCAAAUCUUUAUGCGCAUAAGAAAAUUCAUACUGGAGAGAAACCCUACACGUGUGGAGACUGUGGCAAAACCUUUAGACAGUCUGCAAAUCUUUAUGCACAUAAGAAAAUUCAUACUGGAGAUAAAACCAUACAAGUGUAAAGAAUGUGGCAAAGCCUUUAAGUCAUACUCCAGCAUUCUUAAACAUAAGAGAACUCCUACCGGGGGAAUAUCUUACAAAGGUGAAGAAUGUCGCAGUCUUUCAAUGCUCCUCAAUCCUUUCUAAUCAUAAGAUAAUUCAUAAUGGAGAGAAACUCUAAAAUGUGAAAAAUGUGAGAAAGCUUUUAAUCACACCUCAAUCUGUUGUAGACAUAAGAGUAAUUAUAUUGAUGAGAAGCCAAAUUAAAAUUAAAAAUGUGGCAAAGACUUCCAAUUCUAGUCACUUCUUAGUGUAAUUCCUACUGAAGAAAACACCUGGAAAUACAAAAAAUGUGGCAAAACUUGUAACCAAUGCUUAGUAUUUUUGCACGAUAGUAUUUAUAUGUGAGACUACCUGUACAAACAUAAAAAUAUACAAAAGCUAUUAAUGUCUACUUGAAAUUUAUAGUUAAUAAAAGCAUUAUAAAUGCAAUUUCUGUUGAAAGACCUUUUAGAAAAUAUAGGCCAUUAAAGUGAAGAAUAGUCUUAAGACAGAGAAUACAAAGAUAAAGAGGGCUCUAGUACCUGUACUUGUAUCCCAGAACUUACUAUAUGCAUUUUGUACUAGAGGAAAACUCUGAAGCAGUUGCUUAAACUUUGUUCAACAUCAGAGAAUUUAUAUUCGAGAGAAAUCCUACAAAUGUAAUAAAUGUGGAAAAACCUCUGUUCAGAAACUGCAGGUUAAGAAACCAGAGGCCAGGCGCAGUGGCUCACGCCUGUAAUCCCAACACUUUGGGAGGCCAAGGAGGGUGGAUCACCUGAGGUCGGGAGUUCAAGGACAGCCUGACCAAUAUGGAGAAACCUCGUCUGUACUAAAAAUACAAAAAUUAGCAGGACAUAGUGGUGCAUGGCUGUAAUCCCAGCUACUCAGGAGGCUGAGACAGGAGAAUGGCUUGAACCCAGGAGGUGGAGGUUGCGGUGAGCCGAGAUCGUGCCAUUGCACUCCAGCCUGGGUAACAAGAGUGAAACUCUGUCUCAAAACAAGAAAAAAAGAAAAGAAACACCAGAGAAUUUUUACUAGAAUAUAAUUUGUAGAUGCAGUAAAUGUGAAGAAAUAUUUAGGCUAAAAUUAAGACUAUGUAAACAUCAGAGGAUUUACAGUAGAAAGAACUAAGGAACUAACACUUCAGACUUUGAAAUAAAUCAGAGUAUUAAGUAUAACAAAAGUUGAACCUGUUAGAAAAUUUCUUUUUAUAUAAGUUGAAAAGUAGGUUUUUGAAGAGAUAUAUUCAAAAUAUAUUUUUUCACUUGAAAAAAGUAAAAAUUUUUUUCAAAAGCAAAUAAUUCAACUCUAAAAUUAUACUAUUUCAACAUUCUCAUUUAUGUGAAAGCAUGUGAUGAAUUGUUGCUGCAUCAGAGAUAUGAGAAAUUCCUUUGCAUUAGGUGGGCAUUAUUCAUAGACUUCUACAUGAAAGAGAAGAGAAAUAAAAGAUGCACCAGGAAAAUCUGAGCAGAGAGGCUUUUAGUGGUUGACUUACUGAGUGAUACCUGAAGUAGGUGUUCAGAGUAAUACUUUGCGUUAUACUGAGAGAGAAUCUGAAUUUUAGUACUAAAUUGUUUUGCCAACUGUAUAUUUAUGUAAUAAGUGCAAUAAAAUGCAGUAAAUUUAAAAAUUCUCUUAAGAUAAUGUGUGAACUUAAUUUUUGAAAUAAAAAUUGUUAUUGUGUUAAAA